UCAUGUAUACUAAGACCGUUGUCGCUCUCGCCCUUGUGGCUGUCAGUCUGGCUGCUCCUUCACAGCCUUCCUACGGAUAUGCUCCUCCCGCAACAUAUGACACUCCUGCCAAGUAUGACUUUAACUACGCUGUUAAAGACGACUAUUCAGGAAACGACUUCGGUCACCAGGAGGCCCGUGACGGAUAUGACAGCCAGGGUUCCUACUACGUCCUGCUUCCCGACGGUCGUCUGCAGAAGGUGACCUAUACUGUUAACGGCGACUCCGGUUAUGUCGCAGAGGUCAGCUACGAGGGUGAGGCCCAGUACCCCGAGUACAAGCCUGCUCCUGCCUACAAGCCUGCCCCUACCUACAAGUCUGCUGCAUACAAGCCUGCCCCUGCCUACAAACCUGCUCCUACCUAUGAGACCCGCGACGGAUACAACACUCAGGGUUCCUGCUACGUCCUCCUUCCCGAUGGUCGUCUGCAGAAGGUCGCCUACACUGUCAACGGCGACUCUGGCUACGUGGCUGGGGUUAGCUACGAGGGUGAGGCCCAAUACCCCGAGUACAAGCCUCCUCCUGCCUACAAUUCAUCAAACGUAGUUGAGGAAAGCUACGAGGGUGAAGCCCAGUACCCCGAGGACAAGUCCGCUCCUGCCUACAAGCCCGCUCCUGCUUACAAGCCUGCCCCUGCCUGCGAACCUGAUCCUACUUAUGGAUAUGAAAAGAACUACAAGACUGGGCACAUACCUUCGGUAUUCGAAGUAUCCAUUCGAUCUACCUCUUCCAUCAUGUUCACUAAGGCUGUCGUCGCUCUCGCCCUUGUGGCCGUCACCUUUGCUGCUCCUUCACAGCCUUCCUAUGGAUAUGCUCCCCCUGCAACCUAUGACGCCCCAGCUAAGUACGACUUUAACUACGCCGUUAAAGACGACUAUUCCGGAAACGACUUCGGUCACCAGGAGACCCGUGACGGAUACGAUACUCAGGGAUCCUACUACGUCCUUCUUCCCGACGGUCGUCUGCAGAAGGUCGCCUACACUGUGAACGGCGACUCUGGCUACGUAGCCGAGGUCAGCUAUGAGGGUGAGGCCCAAUACCCCGAGUACAAGCCUGCUCCUGCCUACAAGCCAGCUCCUGCCUACAAGCCUGCCCCAGCCUAUGCACCUGCUCCUACCUAUGCCUAAAUGACUAUAUAUAAUUAACAUAAUUUAUUAAAUAUAAAUUCCAUCACUA